AUGGCUGGGCGAGGCUCUGACACGAUGGAGCAUGAUGGAGGGGAAACUAUAUCAGAUGUCAGUUUUCCGUUGGGAGAGGGUGUGUCUGGCAGAGGAAGAAGUAGUAUCUCUAUGUCUGAUGAGGGAGAGGAGGCUUUCUAUGUGCCUGAGAGUAGACCGACCCUGGACCUGGGAGAUGGCCCAAGACCCAUGGACACUACUUACUGGUGAGACACUGACCAUACCACAGCACAUGUCACGUGCCCAGAAUUAAGCUUGAUCCUUUCCCCAUCCUCAAUCAUUCAUAGUUGGUGUGUGUGGGGGGGGGGUAUUCGGUUUGUUUGGCAGGCAUGAUGUGGAAAGGGCUCGAUCCCCAGUCCACAGCUACAAUUCCGUAUACAGUGAUACCCAAUUCUGUCAAUCUGAUGAACUGGAUGAAGAAACUGAGCUGUCUGCUACUAGGUACACAAAAACAUGUUGAUUUAUAGACACCCAUACACUUACAUUAACAUACAGUACAAUGAAAGCAUGUGCAAAAGCAUUCGGCCACACAAAAAAUACAUGCACUUGCAUUACACGUGUAUAUACAGUGAGGGAAAAAAGUAUUUGAUCCCCUGCUGAUUUUGUACGUUUGCCCACUGACAAAGAAAUGAUCAGUCUAUAAUUUUAAUGGUAGGUUUAUUUGAACAGUGAGAGACAGAAUAGUAACAAUAAAAUCCAGAAAAACACAUUGUUAUAAAUUGAUUUGCAUUUUAAUGAGGGAAAUAAGUAUUUGACCCCCUCUCAAUCAGAAAGAUUUCUGUCUCCCAGGUGUCUUUUAUACAGGUAUCGAGCUGAGAUUAGGAGCACACUCUUAAAGGGAGUGCUCCUAAUCUCAGCUUGUUACCUGUAUAAAAGACACCUGUCCACAGAAGCAAUCAAACAAUCAGAUUCCAAACUCUCCACCAUGGCCAAGACCAAAGAACUCUCCAAGGAUGUCAGUGACAAGAUUGUAGACCUACACAAGGCUGGAAUGGGCUACAAGACCAUUGCCAAGCAGCUUGGUGAGAAGGUGACAACAGUUGGUGCGAUUAUUCACAAAUGGAAGAAACACAAAAGACCUGUCAAUCUCCCUUGGCCUGGGGCUCCAUGCAAGAUCUCACCUCGUGGAGUUGCAAUGAUCAUGAGAACAGUGAGGAAUCAUCCCAGAACUACACGGGAGGAUCUUGUCAAUGAUCUCAAGGCAGCUGGGACCAUAGUCACCAAGAAAACAAUUGGUAACACACUACGCCGUGAAGGACUGAAAUCCUGCAGCGCCCGCAAGGUCCCCCUGCUCAAGAAAGCACAUAUACAGGGCCGUCUGAAGUUUGCCAAUGAACAUCUGAAUGAUUCAGAGGAGAACUGGGUGAAAGUGUUGUGGUCAGAUGAGACCAAAAUCGAGCUCUUUGGCAUCAACUCAACUCGCCGUGUUUAAAGGAGGAGGAAUGCUGCCUAUGACCCCAAGAACACCAUCCCACCGUCAAAUAUGGAGGUGGAAACAUUAUGCUUUGGGGGUGUUUUUCUGCUAAGGGGACAGGACAACUUCACCGCAUCAAAGGGACAAUGGACGGGGCCAUGUACCGUCAAAUCUUGGGUGAGAACCUCCUUCCCUCAGCCAGGGCAUUGAAAAUGGGUUGUGGAUGGGUAUUCCAGCAUGACAAUGACCCAAAACACACGGCCAAGGCAACAAAGGAGUGGCUCAAGAAGAAGCACAUUAAGGUCCUGGAGUGGCCUAGCCAGUCUCCAGACCAUAAUCCCAUAGAAAAUCUGUGGAGGGAGCUGAAGGUUCGAGUUGCCAAACGUCAGCCUCGAAACCUUAAUGACUUGGAGAAGAUCUGCAAAGAGGAGUGGAACAAAAUCCCUCCUGAGAUGUGUGCAAACCUGGUGGCCAACUACAAGAAACGUCUGACCUCUGUGAUUGCCAACAAGGGUUUUGCCACCAACUACUAAGUCAUGUUUUGCAGAGGGGUCAAAUACUUAUUUCCCUCAUUAAAAUGCAAAUCAAUUCAUAACAUUUUUGACAUGCGUUUUUCUGGAUUUUGUUGUUGUUAUUCGGUCUCUCGCUGUUCAAAUAAACCUACCAUUAAAAUUAUAGACUGAUCAUGUCUUUGUCAGUGGGCAAACGUACAAAAUCAGCAGGGGAUCAAAUACUUUUUUCCCUCACUGUAUAUAUAUUUUUUACAAAGUAUAAACACAAAACAGGAACACAAACCGUUGUAAAGGAUUACAGUACGUCAACAUAUUUGUUAUAUUAUGUUCACAACGGCUCCUUGAAGCAGCACUAUUUCACUACUGCUGAUUAUUUAUUUAUUUUCUAUGUGAUGUUCUAUUUACAGAGUCCAGCUGGAAAGAACAGAGUCUUACUCCAGCUGCUACUCCGUUGACAGUGAUGACUGUGAGAACAGAACCAGGAAGUAAGAAAAGUCCUCCAUGUUUGAUCAGGCACAGACAGGAUGCAAUCUAUGUUAAAGUGUGUUAUUAUGGUAUAAUUAUGCAUAUGUUUAUGUGAGUAUUUGUUCCUGGGUUCAGUGGGAGUAUAAUGUUGGUGUUUGUGCAUGUAUGUCCAUUUGUUUACAAAAUGGUAAUAUCUGUGGAUAGGCUCAUGCACCAGUAUGUGUAGAAAUAUUUAAUCUUCCACCACCUCUCCAGGUCUCAAAGCGCUGCACCUAAAGCAGAGAGUCCUGAAGUGGAACUUCCUCUAAGACCAGAGCUGAUCAAAAACCCAGGCGAGAAGAGGCACCCUGCCAUGACUGUAGACUUCACCUUCAAGGUGGGCUCACACUUCACUCUUGUCUAGGUGAUGUACUGUAUGUUCAGCAACAAAUGUCAACAUGUCCCCAAAGUUAAGUGUAGUGGAUGAGAAUUGCUUUUCUCUUAUUUUAAUUUUUUCUGUGGACACCAGGCCAUCAGGAAGACACUGGAGAGGCUGGGGCAGGAUGAUCUGAGGAAAUUUAAGAUCACGCUGUGGAAGCGUUACCCAGAGUCAUUCAGCGCUCCUCCCCAGGGCAUGGACAUGGUGGACCUGGUGGACAGACUGCUGGAGUGUUAUGACCUAGAGGUGGCCCUGCAGCUCACCAAGGCCCUGCUGAAGGACAUGGACCUCAAGCGCCUGGCUGACUACCUCACGGACCUCUGCAAGAAAAGUAUGCACGUUGUCUUUAUUUCAUUCGAUUCAUGUAAUAUAAUGAUAAAAUAACAAAAAAAGUAUACUUUGAGUUAUGAUAGGGUAACAGUUGAGCUAUGCUCAUGAGGCAUUUAUACGUUAUACAGUACUUCAAGAACCAAUGGGCUAUACACUAAAAUUGUUAAUUUAAAUGGCCAUUGAACAGGAAAUACAGUGCAUUCAGAAAGUAUUCAGACCCCUUGACUUUUUCCACAUUUUGUUACAUUACAGACUUAUUCUAAAAUGGAUUAAAUAAAUACAAAUCCUCAUCAAUCUACACACAAUAACCCAUAAUGACAAAGCAAAAACAGGUUUAGACAUUUUUGCAAAGGUAUAAAAAAAAAAAACUGAAAUACCUUAUUUACAUAAGUAUUCAGACCCUUUGCUGUGAGACUCGAAAUUGAGCUCAGGUUCAUCCUGUUUCCAUUGAUCAUCCUUGAGAUGUUUCUACAACUUGAUUGGAGUCCACCUGUGGUAAAUUCAAUUGAUUGGACAUGAUUUGGAAAGGUACACACGUCUAUAUAAGCUCCCACAGUUGCCAGUGCAUGUCAGAGCAAAAACCAAGCCAAGAGGUUGAAGGAAUUGACCGUAGAGAUCCGAGACAGGAUUGUGUCGAGGCAAAGAUCUGGGAAAGGGUACCAAAACAUUUCUGCAGCAUUGAAGGUCCCCAAGAACACAGUGGCCUCCAUCAUUCUUAAAUGGAAGAAGUUUGGAACCACCAAACUUUCUAGAGCUGGCCGCCCGGCCAAACUGAGCAAUCGGGGGAGAAGGGCCUUGGUCAGGGAGGUGACCAAGAACCCGAUGGUCACUCUGACAGAGCUCCUCUGUGGAGAUGGGAGAACCUUCCAGAAGGACAACCAUCUCUGCAGCACUCCACCAAUCAGGCCUUUAUGGUAGAGUGACCAGACGGAAGCCACUCCUUGGUAAAAGGCACAUGACAGCAAAAAUGUAUAACCUAUUUUUGCCUUGGUAUUGUGUGUAGAUUGAGAGGGAAAACGAUUUAAUCAAUUUCAGAAGGCUGUAAUGUAACAAAAUGUGGAAAAAGUCAAGGGGCCUGAAUACUUUCCAAAUGCAUUGUAUACUAGACUGUACCUUUUUAAUGUCUGUGUUUUCUCUGUGCAGAUGAGGUGCGUUAUGAGCUGAGACACACUCUGCUGAGGAAGUAUAGCAGUAUGUAUGAGGGCUUUGCCCAGCAGGGAGAGCAUAAGGCCUUUGACAGUGUCUUUAAUGAGCUCUAUAUAACAGACAGAGGCAACGCUGGGCCCAAUAUCCAGCACGAGGUCAGAAAGAUCGACAAGCUGUCCACCAAUCGCAAGAAAGAGGAGCUGA